UGCCACCUCCCCGAUAAAGCCCGCACACGCUCACACGCUCACACGCCCGCGCGCGCACGCACGUGCACACCGUGGGCCGCGAGCACACGAGCGGGGGCCGGGAGCGCUGGACGCGUUUCAGCGAUGGCUUCUGCGGUCAACAGCAAAAUUCAUGCACCCGGGACUGGCCCGGGCUCCAAAGCUGAUGCCCACGGGCGCGCCUGCGGGAGAAUGGACUGCGACCCCGAGAUGCACGUGAAAAUGUGCAAGAAGAUAGCGCAGCUCACCAAGGUGAUCUACGCCCUGAACACCCGCCAGGACGAGGCCGAGGCCGGCCUGGAGGCGCUGCGGGAGGCCCACCAGGCGGAGCUCCGCCAGGCGGUGGCGGACGCCGAGGCGCGGCUGCUGCAGGAGCAGGGCCGCGCGGGGGAGGAGGCGCUGCGGCAGCGCGUGCAGGCGCUGGAGGGCGCCCUGGAGCUGCAGCGGCGGCUGACGCAGGAGGCGCUGGCGCAGUCGGCCUCGUGCCGCCUGGAGACCAAGGAGCGGGAGCUGCGCGCCGAGGCCGAGCACGCCGAGCGGGUGCUCUCGCUGUCCAAGGAGAUGCUGGAGCUCAAGGCCGACUACGAGAAGCGGCUGCGCCGCCUGAUGAGCCAGGAGGCGCCCCCGUGGGGCCGGCUCCCGCCCGAGGGCCCUGACCCCAAGGCAGAGCCCAGCUCCGGGCCCGAGAUGCGGGAGGUGCUGCUGGAAGUGGAGCGGCUGCGAGGGGAGAACCAGCAGCUGAGCAAGGACUACGCCCGCAAGGCCGAGGAGCUGCGGGCCACCUACGAGCGGGAGAACGAGGCCAUCCGGCAGGCCAUGCAGCAGUCGGUGAGCGAGGCCCUGUGGCAGUGGCAGGAGAAGGAGACCGACCUGCGCAGGAACUUCCAGGUGCAGGAGUCGGCCCUGCAGGCCCAGGUCCGGAAGCUGGAAGGGGACCUGGAGCACCGAGGCCGCAAGAUCAGUGACCUGAAGAAGUACGCCCAGAAGCUGAAGGAAAGGAUCCAGGACCUGGAUGUGCAGCUCAAGGAGGCUCGACAGGAGAACUCGGAGUUGAAAAGCACUGCCAAGAAACUUGGGGAGAAGCUGGCCAUGGCCAAAGACAGACUAAUACUGCAGGAGUGCCACGGGGCACAGAAAACCGAUGACAUGAAGACCGAGCGAAUUUCGGAGAAUGAGGCCUUAGGGAAAGGAAACGACGUGGAAGCCCGCAGUCCCCGUCCUCAGCAGGAUGAGAACCUUCCCACGGAGUGCCCGCGUACGAAAGGAGGCACAGACACGCAGACGGAGAAAGAGGCGGGUGUGGAGACGGAACACCUGAAGCAACAGUACGAACAGGACCUUCGUAAACUCAAACAGCAGACGGAGGAGGAGAAGAAGCAUCUGAAAGAGCAGCUGGUGCGGCGCCUGGAGGACCUGGUGAGGACGCACAAGGCGGAAAUCAAGUCGGUGCGCUCGUCCGCGGAGGCCGACAGGAAGCGGCUGCAGAUGGAAGUAGAAGAACAGUUGGAAGAAGUGAAGAAGAAAUCAGAAAAUGAAAUAAAGCAGCUAGAAGAAGAGAAAGCGGCCCUAAAUGUGAAGCUCCAGGAUUCUCUGCUCCAGGUUUUAAGGCUGGAAGAAUUCAUCCAACAGAAUAAGGGAUGUCCCCGAAGAGGCGAGGACGGGCCCCCGGAACCGAACUACCCGCCCCGCGGCGACUUGGAGACCCAGGCCACCGAAGAGCUCUUGGAAAAGGAAUCCGGCCGCGGCCUCCAGAUCCAGCAGCAGGCACUCCGGGUGGAGGGCCAGGCUGUGGAGGAGAAGGUCCAACAAGAGGUCCAGGGGGAGCAGGCGAGGAUGCAGGCUCAUCAGGCUCUGCUGCUAGAGUCCCUGAGGCAGGAGCUGUGGGAGCAGAAGGCCGCCUGCUCUGAGCACCAGAAGGACUUGGAGGCGUUGCAGGCUGAGCUGAAGGCUCUGGGCAGCUCUGACAGGCGGCAGCCCAUCACCCCGUGUGCAGGGGACAGCGAGGGCCACGCCAACACCACCGAGGGUGGGGGCGGCCCAGGCCCCACAGGCUCCCCGAAGGGCACCGCUGAGCAGACUCCCAGCGAGGGUGGCCUCCUCUGGGAGAACUCCCAGCUCAAGGACACGGUGCGGCAGCUGCAGGCCGAGGUGGAACAGCACCAGCAGGAGGCGCUGCAGCUCCGUGACCAGCACAGGCAGCUGGAGGAGGACCAGCAAGCCCAGCAGGCCCGGGAGGUGGAGAUGCUACGCCAGGAACAUCGGCAGGAGAUGCAGGCUAUGGUGGCCGACUUCAGCAGCGUUCAAGCCCGGCUUCAGGCCCAGCUGGCUGCCCUGGAAACCGAACUGAAGGAUUCCGGAGAGAAGUCCAGGCCGGAGGACGUGCAGCUCAUAGGCCGCCUGCAGACCCGCUUGAAGGAGAGAGAGGAGAUCAUCAAGCAGCUCACGGAGGAGAGGAGAUUUCACUACGCAGCGUUCCCCAGCGCAAUGUCCCACCGGAAUCGGUCCUUCUCUUUCAACCCUCACCCAGGGUAUUUGACCCCUUCCAUGAAGAAAAAGAAGAUGGAGGACGUGCCCAGCCGAGUGGUCAGCGUGCCCAACCUCGCCUCCUACGCAAAGAACUUUCUGAGCGGUGACCUGAGCUCCCGGAUCAACGCCCCGCCAAUCACUAAGUCCCCCAGCUUGGACCCAAGCCCCGGGCCUGGUCGGCCUUACAAGCCCACCCAGUCUCUAGACGUGAAAGCGGCCACCAGGACACAAGAUGGUGAAACAGCCCAACCCAAAGAAGUCCAGCAGAAACAGGGCUCUGCCCACCAGGAAUGGUUCACCAAGUACUUUUCUUUCUAAAGUGAUCCUUGGGACCCAUCACAGAAAGGACAUUUGAAAAAAAAUUUCUUUUAAAACAUCUGAGGGAAUGAACUAAAAAAUCAAUCAACCAAAUAACCUGCUUUGUAAUAUGAUUUGCAUCCAAUAGCUAAACAAAUCUUGGCACUGACAUUUCAUACUGUUCAUUGUGGCACCGGCUCAUUAAAAACCCUUGGCGUCAGGGUAAAAGGAGCCCGUGUUACCCGAAAACAUCAUCGGAAAAUGUGAAUGUUACUGACGGCCUGCCUGUAGUAUUUCGUGUCCAUAGCUUGCGCUCCGCUUUGUGGUUUCCGCGGCCUGCUUUGAAAGGGAUUUCAUUUUCGAGGAUGCAACUCAAAUCCACUUGAAAAGUGUUCCUAUGUAAGUGAUGUAAUUUAAGAUGCACAGCGAACCUCAUUAAGAAGGGGAAUAAAACAAAGUUCCGAACAACCAGGAAAGCCAAUUAAAACACAAAACAAGCAAAUCGAAGCUACUAGGACUGAACAGCCACAGACCUUGACACUUGGAUUUCCUAAUUCUGGACGUGAAGUAGCUAAUAGAGGGGAUAACACCUACCUCAGAAGGGGCCUUUAUGAGGAUUAAGCAACAUAAUAUGGCAAUGAUCCCAAUCACGAAUUCGAAUUAAGCACUGCCAGGAUUUGUGAAUAACUGAGCCCCGCCCCGUCAUACCCCCGUUUCAAUCUGCAAUGCCAAUUGGCCAUUUGUGAAGGUUUCUAGAUUAUCUGUUCUUUCAAGUCAAAUAUCUACUGAACCUCUGGUCUCUGGGUUUGGGCCAUUUGCCUCAUGAUGCAUUGCACCCCCGUUGCAUGGAUGCUUGGUAGGUUAAAGGGGACAGGUAGUGGCCAUCCACGGUGCUGACCUGCUCAGCCCACACUGAACUGUCGGACCCUCUGAAGGAGCAGUGUGAUUUGACAAAACUUAAUACAUCUUUUAAUGGGCAAAAUGUAUUGUCCUCUGGUGCUGGCCCAGCAAGGUGGCCCAUGAACAGUUGUUUAUUCUAGGCACUGUCAAAUCUUUGCUCUUUGAAUAAAACUUUAAACAACUGGGCGAUAAAAAUGGUUAUGACUUGUAUUGAUUUUCCAAAAGAAGGGUGAAAUUUGAUGAAGACUGUACUUAGAAAUGGAAAGUUCACAAUGACCUCAAUCGGAUCAUCUUCAAAUAAAAAGUGGCCUCUUACAUACUUAUGUCCUUUUGAGAGAAAUGCAUUACAUCUCAAAACUCCUAAUUUAAAGCUCCUGAUGACUAGCAAAGCAGGCUUCCCUUCAUUCUGCUGUCCCAUACCUCGGCGUAACACCUGCUGCAGGGACAGGAUUGUACUCAACACUCUGCAUUUGUUUGGACUCCUUUCUUGUUGCAGGGCGUAAUGUCACAGGAGGCCAUAGUGUUCUGCCACCCGUGGGGAGUAUGCCCAAGUUGCUGCUGGACGUGUUGUACACAGAGAAGCUGUUCUUCAGGCGCUCUGCUCUCUCCACACCCAAGGGACUUAUAUUUUUGAUAUUUAUUUUAUAUAUUUAAAUGCCAUUUAACAAAGAAAAAUCAACCAAAAAAAAUGAGUUCGCGUGUCACCUCUGACACGUGUGUCAUAGGUUCACCAUCACUGGGGUUUAGGCCAACAUUUCCUCAGUGACGAAAGGGAGUAGCCAGCCCAAAGUUCAAGAAUAUGGUGGGCAGUAGAGAAAGGGCCAAGGAAGUGGCCAGCCCAAUGCUAACCGACAUACCAAGUGACAGGGUAUGGUUUCAGAUACUGGGCUUUGCAGAUCCACUGAUCUGGGUUCUAACCUUUUUUUCUACGUUCUAGUUCACAAACAUGAGCAAUUCACUAGAUUUAGUUUCCUCAUCUCCGCAGUGGUGUCACAGACUGUUAGUGGCCAGUCUCUUGUCCUCUUUUCCCUUCCUUCAUCAGCUAAUCGUCUCCCCAAAUCCCUGGCGUAACGUGACUUACUCUGGCUGAUGAUCUGAGCAUGUUAUGUGGGACUUGAGUGAAAGCUCCUUAAAAUACGUUCAUCCCUGCUCCCCCCCUUCCUCAUCUUCUUGCAGCCUUGUCCCUGCAGCCACCUGGGACUGAGGGAGCCUGAGGCCUGGUGGUGACGCACAUUUCCAGCCUGUGGGGCUGCUUGUUUUGGAUUCCCUUUUUCAGCCGCCUUUGAACACUAUGGUUCUAACCUACUGCUGCUUUGGGUUUGCUGCUCCCCACAGCCAUGCCCAGCCAGUCCUCACUGAAACCGACUCAGAUACCACCUGCCUCCGGUCGUGGCUCUGAGGAUCAGCCAAGGGUCUGUGAAAUGCCGGCAGCUGGAUGCAUGGGCAUCAACCAGAUUAGAUAAGCACAUGAACCCAGGGCUGUGCCUAGCCUUCUGUAUCUCACACUCGAGUAAACACAGGGGUUCCAUUGUUCUUUUAUUUCUAAAAGGCCUUUGAUAGAAAGCCUUCCAUCAUAUCCCUGCCUGGCCUUCUCAGUCACCCAGAAGGAAUCUAAAUGAUUUCAGUUUCUUUUCACUAGCUGGUAGUUCCACCUUUCUGUACAGGGAUACCUGGAGGAAGACCUUUACUGCCUGGUUUUAACUCUAAUAGCAUGAAUAUGCAUGGCCAUUUCCUUUCCCUGUCUGUAAACCAGUUUAGACACAACUUCAUCUUAGAUGUCAAGUUUUUAAAAUAUUAAAAAUACAGUAGGUCCUCGGGUUACGUCAGAGAUCUGUUCCUACGGCGACGUAACGGGAUUUUUGCCGUAAAUCGGAACCCACCUACAUAAGAACCUACGUCACUCACAUGGAUCACAGACACAGCAGUAAUGAAGGGAAACAGUAAACAAAAUUUAAAAGAUAACAAUUCCUGACCUUUACUUGUGGUAAAUAAGUAAUAAAAAGCAUAAAGCGCAUAUGUACAUAUGUCAAAAUGAUGGAACUUUUUUUAAAUAAAUAAAUGGGAGAUGGCGUAACCAUAAAACAAUGUACGUCGAGUCCGAUGUAACCCAAGGACUGUAACUCCAUAAACAGCUUUUCCUGACAAAUGUCUCAAAGUCUUAAAAAAAAAAAAAAAAGGGCACA